ACAGAUGAUCGAGUGGUGGUCGUCGUUUGUCUGAAAUCGACGCAUGCUACGAAUUGAUUUUCAACUGUUUCGGUGAAUUUUCCUCAACAAGCACAAAAUCUACUAAAAUGCCUGACGCCAAAGAACCUGUUCUAUCUGAAGAAGACCGAAAAAUCUUCGAAGCAGUGGAGAAGAACGAUGCGGUACUGCUUAAAACGUUACUCACCGACAAAAAAGAUGUAAACUUCAUCGACCAAAACUUAAUGACUCCCCUACAACAUGCAGCGUACAAAGGAAAUAGUGAAAUGGUCCAAAUGCUCCUUGACCAGGGGGCCGAUGUGAAUCUAUGCGAACACCAACACAAAUAUACAGCCUUACAUUUUGCCGGCCUGUCCGGAAACGUCGAUGUUUGCCUGGCACUUUUGCUAGCAGGGGCAAAGUCUGAUGUUACCAACUCAGUGGGUAGAACACCAUCUCAAAUGGCUGCAUUUGUGGGCCACCACAGUUGUGUGGCCACCAUCAACAACUAUGUCCCCAAACAGGAUGUAGAUAUGUACACAAAACCCUCAGGAAAUAGAAAGGAGCCUUAUUUACAGCCAUUCCUUGCUGAGAGUUUCCACAAAUUUAUCAUGCAAGUAAACAUACACCCUGUCAAAGUGGUGGUCAAUGUGCAGAAUUAUGUUGGACUAAUUGACCAUUUGGAUGAGGUAAAGAAGGUUUUGGAGCUGAUGAGUGAGAAGGAGAUGAAGAAAGGGGCUGAGAAUAAUGAAACCAUGGCUUUCAAGUUUCAUUACUUGAGCUAUGUAGUUGGGGAAGUUAUAAAGAUAAAACAAAGGCAAACUACUGGUAAGUCAGAGGAUGACAAGAAGUUAGAUGUUACAGAGCUGUUCAGCAGAAAGAUUCUAAAGCCAGGCAAAGAUGGUGUGCUAGAAGUAAUGGAGGCCUUCAUCAAAGAAUGUGUCAGAGAAUUUAAAUUUAGGGAGAGCAAUCUUUUCAGGCAGAUUGUAGCCAGUCUGACAAGUAAUGAUGCUCCCACAGCUCUCAGCAUAUUGACCUCAGCUAUAAAUGGACAAAGAGGUUUUAUUGAUAAUAUGUCGGCCUGCACAACAUGUGGUGAGGAGAGGGCUAGCAAAAAGUGCUCUAAAUGCAAAGUUGUUCAGUACUGUGACAGAAAUUGCCAACGUUUACAUUGGCAUUGGCACAAAAAGGUUUGCGCAAAACUGGCGCAGGAGGAGAAGGUGGCGGCGGACGCUAGUCAAAUAUCGUCUCAUCUGCAAAACUGCCUUAUUAGUGAAGGCAACUGAUUUUUAUAGAUCCUUAAGUCUAAAAUUGACCAUUUCUGUUGUUAUUUUUUUAAGUUUAGUUUUUUGAAAACUGAGUUUAAUUUAUACUGUAUGAUUUCAGUAAAAAAAUUGCAUUUAUGUUUUUAUUAAAGUAAAUAUUUUAGUGGAAAUAUAUUUAAGUGAAAAUUUAA